AUGUCCACCACUACUACUACCACUGACACCGACGACAGUAACACCGAUAACAAUAGAGAAGCCGUUGGACAGCCAACAGUAUUGCUAAGCAAACGUAUGGGCGUAUCAAUUGUACGGCUAAAUCGGCCAGAAAAACGCAAUGCAAUAAUACCCGAAAUGAUCGAUACGGUAAUCGCUGGUCUAACCGAUGCGGCAAACGAUGAGUCUAUUAAAUUGGCGGUAAUUACGGGAACCGGUGACUACUAUUCGGCGGGCGAUGAUUUAAAUAACAUUCAAAAUGCAUUGAAAAAAUUUAACGGCGAUAUCUAUCGUGCGACCGACGAAUUUGCCGAAAUGUUUCGGCAAUUUGUGGCCGCAUUUAUCGAUUUCCCUAAACCGUUGAUCGCUGCCGUCAACGGACCGGCCAUUGGUGUCGCGGCCACUACGCUGGCACUGGUCGACUGUGCAGUCGCAUCGGAUUCGGCCUAUUUUUUGACACCGUUUUCAACGCUGGGACUGUCGGCCGAAGGUUGCUCGACCUAUACAUUCCCGCAGAUUAUGGGCCAAUCAAUGGCCGCACAAAUGCUGUACUUCAGUCACAAGAUGUCGGCCACUGAAGCCCUACAGUCGGGACUCGUAUCGCGAGUCAUACCCAGCGCUCAGUUCGAUGAGUAUAUCGAAAACUGGAUAUUCGCCGAUCGGACCGGUAUUGUCAACACAUGUUAUCAUCAGUCGAUGCGUGCGUCCAAACAGUUGGUCCGAUCGGCGGCCAUACGCCGAGUGUUACACGAAGUCAACCGAUCCGAGUGUUUGACAAUUAAAGAACGUUUAGCAUCUGAUGAAUCACUUAAAACCAUUGAUAAGUAUUUCGGACGAAACAAACAGAAAUCAAUUUUAAAUAAAUAA